UUGCAGCUUUAUUCAGAAGCCAGCGUGGCUCUCUUGCAACUGAAUAACCCUAAGGGUUUCCAAGAACUGAGCAAGCAAGCAAAGAAGAACAUGACUAUAGAUGGAAAAGAACUGACGCUUAAUCCUGCUUAUUUACUAUGGGACCUCAGCUCUGUCAGUCAGUCUAAACAGGAUGAAGAUAUUUCUGCCAGCCGUUUUGAGGAUAAUGAAGAGCUGAGAUACUCAUUACGAUCAAUAGAGAGGCAUGCCCCUUGGGUGCGACAUAUUUUCAUUGUCACUAAUGGGCAGAUUCCUUCCUGGCUUAACCUGGACAAUCCUCGGAUAACCAUAGUGACACAUCAGGAAAUAUUUCAGAAUGUGAGUCACUUGCCUACCUUCAGUUCACCAGCUAUUGAAAGUCACAUUCAUCGUAUCAGUGGCCUCUCUCAGAAGUUUAUCUAUCUCAAUGACGAUGUUAUGUUUGGGAAGGAUGUUUGGCCUGAUGAUUUUUACAGUCACUCUAAAGGUCAAAAGGUUUACUUGACUUGGCCUGUGCCAAACUGUGCUGAGGGAUGUCCUGGCUCAUGGAUUAAAGACGGUUACUGUGAUAAAGCCUGUAAUAACUCAGCGUGUGAUUGGGAUGGAGGUGAUUGCAUUGGUAACAGUGGGGGUAGUCGCUAUGUUGCUGGUGGAGGUGCAGUUGGAGGUAUUGGGAACGGACCACCAUGGCAAUUUGGUGCAGGAAUAAGUGGGGUUUCAUACUGUAACCAAGGCUGUGCUAAUUCCUGGCUAGCAGACAAAUUCUGUGAUCAGGCCUGCAAUGUCCUCUCCUGUGGAUUUGAUGCUGGUGACUGUGGCCAGGAUCACUUUGAAGAGAUGUACAAGGUGACGCUUCAGCUUAAUCAGACAUACUAUGUUAUUCCCAAAGGUGAAUGUCUGCCCUACUUUAGCUUCAGCGAAAUAGCCAAGAAAGGAAUUGAGGGUUCGUAUAGUGAUAAUCCAAUUAUCCGACACGCUUCAGUUGCUAACAAAUGGAAGACUAUCCACCUCAUAUUGCAUAGUGGCAUGAAUGCGACUGUGAUCUAUUUUAACCUUACAUUUCUAAAUAAAAAUGAUGAGGAGUUUAAAAUGCAGGUAGCUGUUGAAGCUGAUACUAGAGAAGAACCAAAACUGAACACAACUUCCAUGCAAAAAUCCAACUCUGAUUUUAAAACUGUAACUUCAGUACCAGAAGCUGAAAUGAUAUUUGAGGAUAUUCCUGAAGAAAAACGCUUUCCAAGAGUCAGGAGACGUCGAAAUGGCACGAAAGAGAGUCUAGAGGAAGAGGUGAUAAUACCAUCAGUAAAUGUGUCUCUCCUUCCUGAAGAUGUUCAGCAAGCGCUGCAGAAGCUGGACUUAAAACUACUAAAUGGCGAUAUCACUCAGAAAGGAUUUAACCUAUCCAAGGCUGUUCUCCUGAGACCUUUCCAGUUCUUAGCUACAGUAAAGAGUAUUACAGGCCUAGAAAAGAAGGGCCUGCAUAAUCGUUUAGAAGAUCAGAAGAACCAUACCAGCUGGCAGAAAACUUAUAAAGAUGUAAAUGAUGGCAAAAUAAGAACAAUAAAAGCAAAUAAAGAAGUUCCUUCAUGGCUUACAGGAACAAAGGGGACUGUUGUGACAAUGAACACAAAUAAACCUAUUUAUAAAGUAAAGCCUAAACCCACGCUUCCCUCCCAGAGCAUGGGAAGUAAAAAUGAAACUCGAGAAAAAGUAUUGAAUGCGCUCAUAUUAAGGGAAACCCAGAAAUCAAAACACACUGGUAACUUAGAUACUGGAGAAGAUGCACAGGGAAUGAAAGGAGGAAAAGAGCAUGUGCAGGUGGAUACAAAUGUAAGGGAGGGGCUAGUGGGAAGAAAAUUACAGUCUUAUGCUGGAAGCUACCAAGGCUUUUUGCCAUGGGAGAAAAAGAAGUAUUUCCAAGACCUUAUUGAUGAAGAAGAGUCGUUACUCAAACAAAUGUCAUACUUUACUGAUGGUAAACAUUUUGGAAGGCAGCUGAAAGAUACGUUUGCUGAUUCCCUUCGAUAUGUAAAUAAGCUUUUAAACAGCAAAUUUGGAUUUACAUCUCGGAAAGUCCCUGCUCAUAUGCCUCACAUGAUUGACCGCACUGUUAUGCAAGAGCUACAGGAUAUGUUUCCUGAGGAGUUUGAUAAGACAUCAUUUCACAAAGUGCGGCACUCAGAAGAUAUGCAGUUUGCUUUUUCAUAUUUCUACUACCUUAUGAGUGCAGUCCAGCCACUGAACGUUUCUCAGAUCUUCGAUGAGGUUGAUACGGACCAGUCAGGCAUUUUGUCUGACCGAGAGAUUCGCACAUUGGCCACGAGAAUCCAUGAACUCCCAUUAAGUUUGCAGGAUUUGACGGGUCUAGAACAAAUGCUAAUAAAUUGCUCUAAAGCUCUUCCUGCCAACGUCACUCAGAUCCAUGCCAUUCCGCCAACUCAGGAAGCAUAUUAUGAUCCCAAUCUGCCUCCAGUAACAAAAAACCUAGUGACUAAUUGCAAACCUGUGACUGACAGGAUUCGUAAGGCGUACAAGGACAAAAACAAAUACAGGUUCGAAAUCAUGGGAGAAGAGGAAAUUGCCUUCAAAAUGAUUCGCACAAAUGUUUCUCAUGUAGUUGGUCAGCUGGAUGACAUACGAAAAAAUCCCAGAAAAUUUGUUUGCCUAAAUGACAAUAUUGAUCACAAUCAUAAGGAUGCUCAGACAGUGAAAGCAGUGCUUAGGGAUUUUUAUGAGUCAAUGUUUCCUAUACCUUCCCAAUUUGAACUGCCGAGAGAAUAUCGGAAUCGUUUCCUUCACAUGCAUGAACUCCAAGAAUGGAGGGCAUAUAGAGACAAGCUCAAAUUCUGGACCCAUUGUGUUCUAGCAACACUUAUUGUAUUUACAGUCAUCUCAUUUUUUGCUGAACAGCUAAUUGCACUUAAACGAAAGAUUUUUCCAAGGAGAAGGAUCCAAAAGGAAGUUGGUCAUGAACGAAUCAAAGUAUAGAAGAGCUUUAUUUUGGAGAUCGGUCUACCUCAAGAUGUGAAUAAGCAUUUAAAAAUAUCGCUCUCAUAAAGUGUCUUUUAUGGUUUGACACUUAAUUACGUUGAUAUGAAGAAAAAAAAAUCAUGCAUCUACAGUUAGAAUCUUCGCAGUACUCUUCAUGUUAUACAAGCUGCUGGAGCUGUGACAGUGCAAAACAACAACAAAAAUAAUUGCAGGAAACCUGUACAUAGGCAGUUUUCAACAGAUCUUAAUUUACAACUGUCAGUUCAUGGCCAUGUUAUCCUUUUUUAUAAAAAGGGUUACCUAAAGAAAUGUAACUGCAUUUAUUGCAGUGGAUGUUGCCAACCAGAUAAAAUGUUGGAAGGCAAAGUUGUUUGGGAUCAGCUUAACAGGUCCUUGAUCUUGCAUUCCAAAACAUUUUGCAUAUUUCUGUCAUUGCUGC